GAAACGUUAUUUGAAAAUCUGUCCGACAUUUUAUCACAUUUGUUAUGAUCCUGUUGGUACUCACAAAAAAUCACGUUCCUUUAUAGGAUUUUUAAUGGGAAUAUUUCUCGGUAUUAUAUUUUAUCGAACUAUAAUCUUCCAGUUAAAAUUCGAUCGUUAUACCACUGUAUAUCUUGGUAUUAUAAUUAUCAUUAUAUUAUCUAUCGGUUGUGCUACGUCUAUUCAGAUAAGAUGCAUCUGUAUCCUAUCAUUUCCUGCAUUUUUCGGUCGUGCCGGACGUGUACUAUUGAGAGCACUGAUACUUGGAUAUAUAAUAGCUGGACCUAUUUUCAAUUUGACAUACAAUGGGAAAGAAGUUAUAAGGAGUUUUGCUUGUACCGCCAAAUUGACGUAUAAUUUGACUAAGAUCCGUGCCGAUCUAAUGUUCGAGCCCUUUCAUCGGGCGAUUUUAGAAAUGAGAUCGAACGCCGGGGAGUUAAAGGACGCUUUAUCGUCGGUUAGAGAUCUGAUGAGUCCAAUAGUUGAGGAAAUCGAAGGGGAGGAAGAGAUGAUGAGAUUGAAAGAGGAGAACGAUUAUCUCGAUGAAAUUCAAGGGGACUCUAAGAGGAGCGAUGAGAUCGAGGAUAAGCGAGAAAAGGAGAUGAAAGAUGCCAAAUCGGAAGCUGAAUUUUAUUCGGUCAAAUAUAAAAUGAAAGUUGAGGCACGUUGCGAGGAACAACUUAGCCGUGGUGCAGGCAGGUGCAGAGACAUGUUCGCCGAUGCUUACGACAAGUGUUAUCACAAGGUAACCGUUUUUGCGGCCUGGCUAUUAUGCUGGCCGAUGAAGUUGACGUUCGUUUGCAAUCUCGUACAAGCUUUGGGUGGAGCUAAUAUAUGUGAUCCUGAUGGACAAGUCGAUAUCGGCGUUGGCGAUGGUUACGUAGCAUUAAAAAGAAAUUUACCAGACGCAUUGUCGACAAAUUGUUCGUCCUGUAGCGAAGCACAAAAGAUCGCAGCUGAUAAGCUGUCUCAUCAUUUGAUCGACGAGAAACCAGAGGAAUGGAGUCAACUCGAGAAAAAAUAUGAUCCUGAUGGCGCAUACAGACGACUUUAUCUAGAAAAUAAAUUCAACUAUGAUAAUAUGUCCUAGGAUCGAGAUAAAGACAAAAUGAAUUCCGAAGAAUCGAAUCACUAUUUCUAUUACUAUUGAAUUAUAUUUUAAAAUAAUUAUUAACGUUUGAUCCUUAAAAAGAAGAUCCUUACGAUCAGUUAUAUUCAUAAUCCUUAAUCCUUCGAUGCAUGAUUUAUUUUAAUAGUAAUUUGUAGAAGAAUAUAUGGGAUUAAUAUUAAAGCAAAUAAAAUAAUAAUUAAACAAA